AUUGAAUUAAUUUAUUAAAAUAAAUAUAAAUUAAGUUUUUAUUGAAUUAAUUUAUUAAAAUAAAUAUUAAAAAUUAAAUAAGUGAUUGGAUUUUUAAAGCCUUUGUCUAAAAAAUAUUUUCGCCUUGGUGUUACAUAACAAUGUUGUGUUAAAAUAUUGUAAAUCAGUGAAAAGAAUUUUUUCAAUUUAAAGAUUCACAAAUUGAUAAUAAAAAAAAGUAUGGCUGCUAAAAUUGGAAUAUUGAUAACUCACGAUACUCCUGAUAUUGAGAAUCUUCUCAAUCUUAAUCCAAAAAUAAAACAAUUUACAAAUCUUGUUCCAUCAAUUAAAACAAAAUCAAACAAAAAUCUUUGGAAGCGAAACAUUCAUGAAAAAUGUGAUAGUUGUUUGAGUUUGACAAAAAAUUUUGAUGACAUUAAAACAACAACAUUGAGUGAAAGAGGAGCAUUAUUUGAGGCGUCAAGAUGUUUGAAAUGUGCCGAUGCACCAUGUCAAAAAUCAUGUCCGACACAAUUGGAUAUAAAAUCAUUUAUCACUUCAAUUUCAAAUAAAAAUUAUUAUGGAGCUGCAAAAGCAAUUUUUUCCGAUAAUCCAUUGGGUCUUACUUGUGGAAUGGUGUGUCCAACAAGUGACCUUUGUGUAGGUGGAUGCAAUCUUUAUGCCACUGAAGAAGGUCCAAUUAAUAUUGGAGGAUUACAGCAAUUUGCUACUGAUAUUUUUAAGAAAAUGAAAAUUCCUCAAACAAGAAUUCCUGGACAAACGGUAGCAAAUGCAGAUACAAAAAUUGCACUAAUCGGAUGUGGUCCAGCAUCAAUUUCAUGUGCAACAUUUUUGGCUCGUUUGGGGUACGAUGAUAUUACAAUUUUUGAGAAAGAAAAUUUUGUCGGCGGUUUAAGUACAUCGGAAAUUCCACAAUAUCGACUUCCAUUCGAUGUUGUUAAUUUUGAGGUGGAUCUUCUUCGAGAUUUGGGGGUAAAAAUAGAAUUUGAACGGAGUCUCUCGGAAAAAGAUUUGACUAUUCAGGGAUUGAAAAGUUUGGGAUAUAAAGUCGUAUUUUUGGGAAUUGGUCUAUCGGAGCCAAAAUGUAUUUCGAUUUUUAGCGAUUUAACAAUUGAAAUGGGAUUUUUUACGUCGAAAAAUUUUCUCCCUUCAGUUGCGAAAGGAAGUAAACCAGGAAUGUGUCCUUGCAAAGGCAAUAAUUUACCAAAUCUUUAUGGUAAUGUUAUUGUUCUUGGUGCAGGAGACACGGCCUUUGAUUGUGCCACUUCUGCAUUAAGAUGUGGGGCAAAAAAAGUUUUUGUCAUUUUCAGAAAAGGAUUCACUAAUAUUCGCGCUGUUCCAGAAGAAAUGGAAUUGGCACGAAAUGAAAAAUGUGAAUUUAUUCCAUUUCAAUCGCCAAAAAAUGUUAUAGUACGAAAUGGAAAAAUAACAGCAAUUGAAUUUUAUCGAACAGAACAAAAUGAAAAUGGAGAAUGGAUUGAAGAUGAGGAUCAAAUUGUGAGAUUGAAAGCAAAUUUUAUUAUUUCGGCCUUUGGUUCAGGAUUAUAUGAUUCUGAUGUGAAAAAUGCAUUGGCUCCUGUUAAAUUAAACAAAUGGGGUCAACCCGAAGUGAAUGUAGAAACAAUGGCUACUUCUGAGCCGGGAAUUUUUUGUGGGGGCGAUAUUGCUGGAAUUUCUAAUACUACCGUUGAAUCGGUUAAUGAUGGAAAAACUGCCUCUUGGUUUAUUCAUAAAUAUAUUCAAGAAUCAAAUAAUUAUCAAGUUCCAUUGGAACCACAAUUACCAAAAUUUCACACUCCAAUUGAUGAUGUCGACAUUAGUAUUGAAAUUUGUGGUUUAAAAUUUGAAAAUCCCUUUGGCUUGGCCUCAGCACCACCGGCAACAAGUAGUUCUAUGAUACGACGAGCAUUUCAGGCCGGAUGGGGUUUUACUGUUACAAAAACUUUUUGUUUAGAUAAGGAUUUUGUCACAAAUGUUUCUCCUCGAAUAGUAAAAGGAACAACAUCCAGACAUCGCUAUGGACCAGAGCAAGGAAGUUUUUUGAAUAUUGAAUUAAUAUCAGAGAAAAAUGAAAUUUACUGGUUAAAGAGUAUUUCAGAAUUGAAAAAAGAUUUUCCGGAAAAGAUAGUUAUAGCUAGUAUAAUGUGCAGCUUCAAUAAAGACGAUUGGACGGAACUUUCAAAGAAAGCCGAAAAUUCUGGAGCUGAUGCUUUGGAAUUAAAUUUAUCUUGUCCUCAUGGAAUGGGAGAAUCGGGAAUGGGCUUAGCAUGUGGACAGGAUCCAGAAUUGGUGAAAAAUAUUUCCUUAUGGGUGCGAGAUGCAGUAAAAAUACCAUUUUUCGUCAAAAUAACACCAAAUAUUACCGACACUGUUGCAAUAGCAAAAGCAGCUUUUGAAGGGAAAGCUGAUGGAGUAACUGCAAUUAAUACAGUUUCGGGUUUAAUGGGACUAAAUGCAAAUGGAGCACCAUGGCCAGGAGUUGGUAGAAAUAAAUUAACAACAUAUGGUGGAAUUUCCGGAAAUGCGAUUCGACCAAUGGCAUUGAGAGCUGUUUCUGCAAUUGCAAAUAAAUUACCCGGAUUUCCAAUUCUUGCCACCGGUGGCAUUGACUCGGCUGAAGUAGCUUUACAAUUUUUCCACUGUGGAGCUUCAGCUUUACAGAUUUGCAGUGCAAUACAAAAUCAGGAUUUUACAUUAAUAGACGAUUAUGUAACUGGAUUGAAGGCACUUUUAUAUUUACAAAGUUUGGAUCAGAUGAAAUAUUGGGAUGGGCAAAGUCCUCCAACUAUAAAACAUCAAAAGGGAAAACCCGUUUCUUUGAUACAUGCACUAGGAGAAAAAAUUCCAUAUUUUGGAGAAUAUCAAAAACUCCGUGAAGAAAAAAUAGCUGAAAUCAAAUUACAAUCAAAUCCUUUAUUAUUGGAGAAAGAAAUUGCACGAUCAGUUCCAAAGGCAAAUCAAUCAGUACCGAGAAUAAAAAAUGUCAUUGGAAAAAGUCUUUCUCAAAUUGGAGUUUAUAAAAAAUUAGAUAAUAAACAACAAGUUGUUGCUCUAAUUGACGAUGACAUGUGUAUAAAUUGUGGAAAAUGUUACAUGGCUUGCGCUGAUUCUGGUUAUCAAGCAAUUACUUUUAACUCGGAAACCCAUAUUCCAAAAGUGACUGACGAUUGUACAGGUUGCACAUUAUGUCUGUCAGUUUGUCCAAUCAUCGAUUGCAUAACAAUGGUUCCAAAAACAAUACCUCAUAUCAUCAAAAGAGGAAUUCAAAUAAAAAAGUUGGAAUUAGAUUCUUCAGAAAUGUUUAAUCACAAGUUGGACUAGGAAACUUUUUUUUUUACACCUUCCGAAAUAAUCAUCCUUCUUCCACAAAAAAUAAUUUGUAAAAUUAUUUUACCUGAAAAUAAAAUUUAAUUUUAUAAACAAUAUAAAG